AUGCCUGUGUGCGACCGGCGGCAGUGUCGGUCAUCGCUGCCCGGCCGGCCCGACGACUGCAACGCCAACGCCGCCGCAGGCGAACCGGCGGCGUGUGCAGACGGCUGGACUCCGACGCGGCAGCCAGUCUUAUGGGCUCCUGUCGGCGAGGAGAACUUUGACUGCUGCGCGGCGGACGGCGGCACCGUGGCUGAUUCGGCCGAGGCGGUGGCCUUUGCGGACGCCCUGGAGAGCUGCAUCCGCGAGGCCGCCGAGGCGGUCUCUGCGAGCGUGCCUGCGUGGGCCGACCACUGCGAGUCGGUGUCCGCAAAGACUGCGCUGCAGCGGCGCGAGCUCGGCCGGACCCUGGACCCGCUCUUCGACGCGCACGGGUACACAGCCGCCCUCUGGUGCAGCAUCUACUCGAGCGCUUGGCCGAUGGGCUGGACGGAUGGCAACUGGUACGACAUGUACCUCUGCCCGGCAGCUCGGGCGUGCUCGGGGCGCGAGGCGCUCGGGGAGGUCGACGAGGCGGUCGGCUCGGACGGCACCGUCGAGGAGGGCGAGACGGCCCCCGUCCGGACCAUGUCGUGCGCCCUCUGCCGCCGGCUGCGGGCCCGGCUCGGCGAGGCGCCCUUCACCCUCGCGGACACCAUCCCGUCCCGCGAGCGGCCGGUGCCUGGGCGGUACCCGACGAGUCGGUACCAGCGGAUGGCGGCCGAGUAUGAGGCUCGCCUCGGGAGCCGCGGCUACUGGGACCGGUGGGUUGGGUGGGACCUGCACCCGUUCGGAGUCUGGCUCGCAGACGCGGUGUGGCCGGCGCAGCUCGAGGAGAGGAGGCUGUGGGAGGCCGAGGAGCGGAUCGCGCGGUACAGGCUCACCAACGGGGAGGUGAUGCACGGGUUCGUCUGGCAGUCCCUCGCGCUGCUCGCAGAGCGGGCGCCGCCCCGCGACCCGUCCGAGUGGGUCUUCACGGCGUGCGACCCGACCUGGCGGUGGCAGAACGAGGGCACCAACCGAGGCACGUGCGCGCACGGGGCCGGGCACGGGCUCUUCUACUACUACCGGCGCGGCGACUGCGGCUGGAGCUGCGCCGUCCGCGCCGCCCUGCCCGCCUGCUCGCGGGGGCCGCUGGGCGGGUGGGCCGCGGAGGGCAACUGGGCCGAGCUGUGCGAGGGCGGAGUCUUCCACUCUGCCUUCAACUCGCUGACUGCGCCGGACCUGCUCCGGCACGCGGCUCUGUCGCCCGCGUCCUCCCUCGCCGAGGCGGUCUGCGAGGCGGGCUGGCGCGGCUGCGCGGUCAACCUGGGCGCCGAGGAGGGCGAGGGGCGCUUCGCACUCGCAAAGGCGGGCUUCUGCGACGUCUCGGCGUGGACCUCGCGCAUCGCGCUCCUCGACCCAUCCCCAUCCCCCUCUCCUCUGCCGCCGCCGCCGCCGCCGCGGUCCCUCCCUUCCCCACCCGCGCGCUCACCGCCGCCGCCCUCGCCGCCGCCGCCUCCACAAGUGACGUGGCUCCCUGGCCUCGGGGCACCCGCCCACGAGGCUCACGAGGCCCUCUCCGGCGUGCCGGCCGAGCUCACCCGCCAGUUCUGGCAGCUGCCUCCGCCGCCAGCCGCCGCCCCGAUGAGAGGCGGUGGCGCUGGCGGUGGCGGCCCUCCGCUCGACUCGCUUGUGGGCGGCCACGGCGAGGAGGCGGCUCUCGCCCUCGUCCUCGCCCUCCUCCUCGCGUCGGCCGUGUGCGUCUGCCGCCUCGUCUGCCGCGGUGCAACGCCGGCGGCGGAGCAACGCGCGGCGCAGCGCCCGCAGAGCCAGGGGCGGCUCCCUGCCGCCGGCCGCCGCCUCCGCGCGGCCGUGAUGGGGAGAGGUGGUGGCGGUGGCGGGCGGGUCGCCCGGGCGGCUCCGGGAGGGCGGAAGCUGAAGUAUCUCCGCGCCGGCACCGGCGACGACGUCGACGACCGCGAGUCGUUCGUCACCGCGGUGGAGGACCCGUCGUACUUUGUGAGGUCCGUGUGA